CAGAUUUUACAAGAGACUGGUGGUUGGACCAUUGAUUUAAGAUGAUUAUGGAUGGGGGAGUUGACUUAAGAUGUAUCAAGACUUUGGAAUAGAGUUAUAACUUCUUAUUACAGCCUCUUAUCAGAAGUUAUUUUUUUUAUAAAUAAGGUUAUGAUAAUGAGAGCGAACUUUUUGAGCCUUUCCAUUCCAAAUCUCGUUAUUUGUGAUGUCAGUGUCUUUUUUUUCCGCGUAUACAAUAACCGCUGUAGAGAUGCGACGGAUGGACUGUGGAGAUGUGAUUGAUGGACUAUAGGUUUGUGGCUGUUUGGGUCAGUUGUCUGAGGUUUUCCAGUGAAACGUCAGAUGCACCUCAGCGUUUGGUCACCGACUAUUUCAGAGCCUGUGAUCCUCCCGGCGUCCUGACGUCAAUUUAUAAGGACCCAGCAGUGCCGGGGCGGCAGGCAGAUAACAGGCUGAAGGAAAGAGAAAGAAUAAGAGAGCCGGACCAUGCUGAUCUGAUUUUCCCCAUAAAUUGCUGAGCAUUCUGAGAAUCUGACCACGAGCCUGAUCGGAAAGAAGAGAGGGGGGUCCCAAUCCUGAGAGUGUAUGUGUGUGUGCAGCCAUGGGGAAGGACUACUACAAGACCCUGGGCAUCCCCAAGGGCUCCAACGAGGAGGAGAUCAAGAAGGCCUACCGGCGUAUGGCGCUGCGCUUCCACCCUGACAAGAACAAGGAUGCCAAUGCAGAGGAGAGGUUCAAGGAGAUCGCAGAGGCCUACGAGGUCCUCAGUGACCCCAAGAAGAGGGUCGUCUAUGACCAGCUGGGAGAGGAAGGUUUGAAGACAGGAGGCAGCAGCUCUUCAGGUGCUCCCGGCAGCUCAACGUACCACUAUACCUUCCAUGGAGACCCUCACGCCACCUUCGCCUCCUUCUUUGGUGGCUCCAACCCCUUUGACAUGUUUUUUGGCUCCAACCGCGGCCACAACCGCUCAAACGGCUUCUCCUUCCACAACGACCACAGCAAUGACGCAGAUCAGGACAUGGACAUGGACGAGGAUGACCCCUUCGCUCAUUUUGGGAGACAGUUCGGCUUUCCAGGGGGGAUGAACAAUGGAUUCCCGGGGGAAGGCCGCAGGAGGAGGGGGGCGCCAUCAGAGCGCCUGGGGACCGGUCGAAAGCACCAGGACCCUCCGGUGGUCCACGAGCUGAAGGUAUCACUGGAGGAGAUCUUCCACGGCUGCACAAAGCGCAUGAAGAUCACCCGCCGCAGGCUGAACCCAGACGGCAGGAGCAUGAGGACAGAGGACAAGAUCCUCAACAUUAUCAUCAAGAAGGGCUGGAAGGAGGGGACCAAGAUCACCUUCCCAAAGGAGGGAGACGAGACCCCUGAGAACAUUCCUGCUGACAUAGCCUUUGUGCUUAAAGAUAAAGGGCACGUCCACUUCAAGAGAGACGGUUCCAAUAUAAUUUAUAACUGCAAGAUCAGUCUAAAAGAGGCUUUGUGUGGCUGCACAGUUAGCAUUCCCACACUGGAAAACCGCAUCAUCUCGCUCCCCUGUCACGACAUCAUCAAGCCAGGGACAGUGAAGCGACUCAGAGGGGAAGGCCUGCCAUUCCCCAAGAACCCGUCACAGCGCGGUGACCUCAUUGUGGAGUUUUCAGUCCGUUUCCCCGACAGGAUCCCUCCUCAGUCCAGAGAGAUUAUCAGACAACACCUCCCCCAGUCAUAGGAAGACUCCAUAACCCCACACUCCAGACUAAUUAAAGGCCCAAACCCAGAAAACCAACCCUUAAAACUCCUUCAUCAACUUUUCCUUUAUAUUUUGACCCUCAUCGUAGUAACCCUUCCCACUCCCAGUACCCAUGUCCUGCGUUAAUGCACCAAGCAUUAAACAGACACUGUUGUUUGUAGGGACUUCACAGUGGGAGGAAGAGGGAAGAACGCCAAGACGAAUGGCAGUAUCAGGAUGUAAUUAUUUGUGUUUGUUUUGUCUUUUGGCCCAAACACACACACACACAGACAAACACACACACACACACAAACACACACACACAAGCACCCGAGCAGUGGAGCGGUGCUGAGGAUGGGCUCAGCACAAAUGUGGCUUUUACCGGAACUUCUUUUCUUAACUCAGUUUUUUAUGGAUUUAUCAGUGGUUUUAUAUACUGUCCAACUCUCUGAUCCUCGUCUUUUUGUGAUAGGAUGAAAGCGUGAUAUAUUUUUUAAAAGACACAUUUUUUCCAGGAUUUCCUUUUCCAAAGGAAGUUUCAAAUAGGAAUUAUUUAUUUUUACCUUGAGUGUACCGGCAGCUUCAGUGUGUUCAGUGCAUACCCUAGUUUUAACAUAACACCCCCUCUCCCCACCCACCUUCCUCUCUCAUGCUUUCAGCAUAAUAAAGCAUUGUACUUAAAGUCUGUAGGCCGUUUCCUGUUUAGUAUGAUCUGUCUCCCCAAAAUCAGUUAUAUUAUGAUCCGUGCAAUGCCACAGUACACUUAAAAUCCCACAUUACUCUAAAUAAUAUUAUCAUAUCCCAGCUGCAUUGGAAAACGUGGAAUGACAAUCACAUACUGUAAGAACAGUGUCAGCUUGGAUAAUACAAUCUGCACAUAAUAUGGGUGCUUUCCCUUCUGAGCCGUGUGGCUACUUUGAACUGAAUAGUCUGGCUCGCAGUCUGAGAGACAUUUAGGUGCCUUAGCCCGGUGUCAUACCACACACACAGGUCAUAUAUACAACCAGCCAUGUUCAGUGCACAACGGACACUGCCCUGUGCCGUGUUAGACAUUACCAUUGGGGGCUGGUAAUCUUGGAAAAACAGUAAGUAAGCAAUGAAGUCAAUCUCAAUAAAGUAAAUCUCCAUAAUGUACUGUAUGUGAGCAAGGACAAUAGAUACGUUGAUGAAGACUGAUGAAUUUUGCCAAUGCAUCCCUGUAAAGUGCCGUACAGUAAAGAUUGGACGUCCCAGAGGAAUGCACGCAUGACUUUAAUCAUUCAGUGUAGCUGAAGUCCGUAGUAAAUAGUUGAGAUUCCUCUGGGAAAGCCAGCUUUGUUGUGUAUAUUCUGCUUUCUCUUGUGCCAUUUGAAGGCAAAUGUCUUGGUGCUACUGUGAGCAGUGCCAAAAACAGACCACCUUGGUGUCUGUUUUUUUUGGUUUCAUGGAGUCCUCAGUUUGUGAUUUGAUAACUGCUUCUGUCCUCUGUAACAUCUGUACAUCGAUCUUUGCAUCUGUUUUUUCAAGUAGAAAAUACCCUGUUUAAGAAACAGGUUUUGUAAUAUUGCAGCAGCUGUUCUCUGUGUCAGCUGCAGAGGGCUCCUUUCAGCUCUUCCUACUGUAGUUUAUAGCAAUGAUAAAAUGUAUGUAUGAGUAUGGUUUAUACAGACAGCCCUAGUAGGUCAUAUAUAUAUAUAUAU